GAUACAACAAAAGCAUUUUCGUCUCUGUCGUAAAUGACGGUUUUACUAAAGAAACUAAAGAAAGAUGCAUCGUUUGUCCCAGAACUCAGCUGGUACUUGGGGAAUGAGAAUACGGGCAUGCAUUUUCAGCCCUCUGGUACAAGCACAUAUUGAUUCGGUGUGAAGCCGUGCUCCACUGCUGUGCUGCGAAAACUCCAUCAGUGUGGAGAUGAAGGGGGUGCAGCCGGCUCCCCUGGGGGCUUUGGUGCAGGUGGCGGAGGCUCUCGAAGACGUCGUCCGCCGGUGUGUGGGCCCCCGCGGAGGCCAGGUGUUCUUCACGAAGGACACGGGGGAGGCGCUGAUCACCCGCGAGGGGAGGCGGAUCCUCACAGCUCUGCAGCUGGAUCACCCGGUGGCCAGGGCGCUGGUGGGCUGUGUGUCUGCACAUUGCGUCGCCACCGGAGACGGUGCCAAGUCCUUCAUCCUGCUGCUGGCAGCGCUUCUCCGCGGAAUCCGGGCCACCGGUGGCUCCCCCGUCGCCGGCUGGCGUUCGUCGGGACAGACCGACCCGUGCGGGCGUCUGGAGGCCCGUCGGUCUGCCUGUCAGCUUCUCUCCUUUCAGACGCAGGUUCUGGAUGCUGUCGUGAAGGAGCACGUCGCCCCACACGCGACCUCCUUGUUUUCCCACACCAGCCCCGCAGAGGCCAGGCGGGCCCUCAGGCUGCUCCUGGAGGCUUUCUUCCGCGGGCGGGCGGGGCAGGUCCACUGCGGGCUAUUGGCCGAGAUGGCCUGCGACUUCUACCACAGGUGGAACUGUGAGCGGGACAGGGUCGGCACGCUGAGAAUGAUCCGCGAUCACUUCCCGGAGCUCCACACGUCGGUGACGGGCUUCCCGACCAGCAAGUCGCGAAUCCUGCAAGGGCUGGUGCUGCACAGGGAUUUGACCGUGUACUGUCCCGCGGAGGGGCCCACCAAAGCCGCGGUGCUCCACACGGCCCUACAGCCACUUCUGACGGAAGCUGACAGCACCCUGAUUAUCAGUUCCAGCCACCAGUUCCAUGGCUGGGGGACCUGGGUUGCCGGCCAAGUGGAGCAGAACGUGGCUUCCUUGGAGAACUUGCAGGUGAAGCUCCUGCUGUCUGCCGUGAAGCAGACGGACCUAGUACUCUACCACGCCAAGAAGGCCGGAAUGUCGGUGGUGGAGUGCCUCGACAUGGAGGAGCUCUCUCUCUUCUGUCGCCUCAGUGGAGUCCUGCCUUUGACGGACUUGGCCGACCUGGUGGACAAUGCCCACGUUGCCUCAGUGACCUUCUGCCAGCCCGUGGUGCUGGGCUCUCGCAGGUACACGCAUGUUGGCAUCCCGGAGGGGCGGGACUUCCUCCCCCAUUGCCUGGUCCUCUGCGGGCCCGCGGAGGGUCUGACGAAUCAGUGCGUUUCGGCAUUCGGUGACGCCAUCAGGGUGAUGCAGCGGGUUUGCGAGCCUGUCCGCUGUCAGCACCGGCAUAUGGGGAAAAGGGGCAACAUAAACUUGCCUUCCAGUCUAGAGAAAAGCCCCAGCUCACAGAAUGAGACUGAGAUGGGUACCAUGAAGAUCACAGCUAUCAUUUCUCAGGAUAUUCCAGGAGUCCUGAAAGAUUCGUAUAUGGGCCUGGAAUGGCCAACACAUGCCACAAAAAGAGAGAACAUUUUAGUAGAAAACCGUUAUACGCCAGAUCUAAAUAUCUCUAUUCAAGGACAUGACUCUGCAGAAACCACAGUGGGAGGAGGUCAAAAGACCUCAGACAUGACAGCCUCAGUCAAGGAAAAUCUAUUCUACUCAAACACGUUAAUAGAGCCAGGUGCCGUGUUACCAGCAGGGGGAGCUUUUGAGUUUCUGCUACACCAUUACCUCCUGAAGUACACCUCCCGCACACACUGCCCUGAUACCCAGGCAGCCUGCAGGCUGGUGGCCGAGGCUCUUCUGAGCCUGCCCAGGCAGGUCUAUGCGCACAGCGGCACGGGCGGUCACUUCCUGAAGGUCUACACCAGCUUUGUGUCCAGGAUUCAGAGCGGCGAGCCGGCGAGGCCUGUCAGCCUGGGCCCCGAGGGACUCGAGUCAGUGGCCUGUAAAUACGAUCUUCUGGUCUCCGUGCUGCAGUGCCUGGGAAGGCUGCUGUCUGUGGACGCCAUCAUUCACACGACCGCGUUGCGUGUAGCGGACCAAGCCAGGGAGGAAGACGAGGAUGAGGACGAUCUAAGCGUUCGCGCUCCUAGGCUGUGUCAGCACUGAGCUUCCGCAGGUGCCAAUGGAUUGGUCCUGGCACCUUGCUCUCUAGGUGAAGAGCACUGCAUGAACACUGCAAUCCCUUAGAGGAGUAUAGGCCACCUGCCACAAGGCAAGACACAGACCGGAGAACUGCAAACUUGUAACGGUUGUAACCUGUAACGGUUUCCAAAUAUAGCUUGAACUUUCAGUAAGCAGAUUAUUCCUUGUUUGUGUGGUGGUGUUACCAUGCUGCCAUUACAGUGUACGCCUUGGAUAUAAUCACUACAAGUGACCCAUUAGCUGUGUGCUGCUAGGGUGAAAUUAAACAUCCCUGUUGAGUGUCUUA